AUGCUCAAUGUGCGCAUGGAUAGCCGUGUGCAAGGAUUUUGUUCUCAUAAUUGUAGCAAAAUGAAGUUCUUGAUGUGUGGAGUUGAGAUUAAUGGUUUGCAUAAUGCUUUGGAAAUGACUUGUAAAUGUGAAGCACCAAUUUUUGGGACUUUUGUGUCAAUCAAAAUGCAAGGCAUCUUCUUUGAAGUGGAAAUAUUUGAGGAUAGUUUCUUUGCUAGCUUUGCACUCGGUUGGCUAAUCACGAAUGGUGCUGGUCUUGCCUCAUACCCAAUUGAUACCGUUCGUAGAAGAAUGAUGAUGACAUCAGGUGAAGCCGUGAAGUACAAGAGCUCGAUGGAUGCAUUUACUCAAAUACUCAAAAACGAGGGCGCCAAAUCUCUAUUCAAGGGUGCCGGUGCGAAUAUCCUUCGUGCCAUUGCUGGCGCUGGUGUGCUUGCAGGUUAUGACAAGCUUCAGAUGAUCGUUUUCGGGAAGAAAUAUGGCUCUGGUGGUGCCUAAAUUUCACCAGUUUUCUUGAGCAAUAGAGAUGGUGAUGAUAUCUUUUUAUGUUUAGUUUGAGAGUUCAUCCAACGCAAACUUUUAGUGAUCUAGUUAAAUAAAUCUAGCCCAGAGUUUGAAU